GUCUCGUCGAUUAACAGAGUCCUACGAAAUCUAGCUGCAAAAAAGGAGCAGCAGGCAAUGCAAAAUGAUUUCUAUGAUCGGGCGCUGCGGUAUUCAUCCACUCAGUGGUAUAAUCAGUGGCCGAUGAGUAUGCCAGGCGCCGUCGGACUAACUCCUUUUCCGCCCCUGGCGCAGUCAAAUCAUAUAGACAAGAAGGACCCAGGUACGCUUGCCAGCUUUCUUUUGUUGCAAUAA